UGGCUCACGCAGCAGGCAUCUUUAUAGAGGAGGCGUUGCUUUGAUGCAUGCUUUCGUUGGAUAGGAGACCGCUAGAGGGCCACAACUGUAAACUGCAUUCGCUCUCAGUGCGCUUCGACAAUAAUGAUAUGAACGAAGAAGACAAGGCAGUGGAGCGGAGAGCUCGCAAAGCGGCUGCAGCGCGGGCUCGCCGUCGAGACCCGGAGGUGAGAUCUCGAGAAGCCGAAGCAGCACGGGCUCGCCGUCAACAACAACGAGCCACCACCAAUCCAGAGGCGGCGAGGGCUCGCGCAGCCGAAGCGGCACGGGCGCGUCGUCAAGCCAACCCUGAGCUGAGAGCCGGCGAAGCUGAAGCGAGACGGAAGCGGCGGCAAGCAGACCUGGAUGCAGCACGGGUACGGGAUGCUGCAGCCAAGCGCCUCAAGCAGUCGCUUCCUGAGGCUAGCAUCCUCAAGCAGCCAUGGCGCCAUUGUGCAGUUGUUGGCUGUACCAAGCCAACACAACCUAUGCAUCGGAUGCCCCAAAAGGACGAGCUGCUGUGCAAGUGGCUGAAGCUAAUUGGCCUGCCUAAAUCGGAGACACGUACUUUCUUAUUCGUGUGCCAGCGGCAUUUUGCCGCCGAUGCUUACACCCAGAACCCAGACCUGCAGGAGGACAUGGGCUUCACUGCGAGGUACUACCUGCGGUCAGAUGCGAUGCCAUCCCUGUCCCUUCCCAGUGAACCAUAUAUCGAAGAGGAGGAGGAAACGCUGAUGAACCAGACAACAGCUGCGUCUGAGAGGGUUGCUGAAGCACCGCCCCGAGCUCCAUUGCGGCAGUAUGGUCGUCGUCGUCCAAGGGGCACAGUUACCACGCAAACAGCCCACUAUCAAUGUACAGUUGGUGUGCAGGCCUCUACAUUGGCCAUGGGAAGAUAUUUUGGCGUGCAGGCGUGCAGCUUUGGCAUCUCGAUGGGAACACAGACCGAGGUCCAGCCUGCAGCUACGUGCACGAUACAGAAUGCUGCUUCUUUAUCGGAUCCGAUGUGCAACUGUGGCGUCGAUGAACCGUGCCACUGCAGCUCAUUGAUGGACAGCAAACAUGAUAUCCACACAAAUUCUCAAUGCGGAGGUCGUCACCAGCACAUGGACGACGUGAUAAGCUGCUGAAGGCCUUGGUUUCAAGAAGUGCCUUCGUGAUGCCACGCACUGGUGCCAUGACUUCCCAUGACAAGAAAUGCCAAGUCGUUCUCUGGCAGUGUGACCGGUCCCAGGGAUCCAACUCGUCAUCUGCGCCUAACAACUCAGUGGGGCUUCAAGAUGAGGACAAAAGAAGUGUUAGCAGAGUGCAGAUGCGAUCAGCGAUGCCUUUCAAUGAAGGGGCAAAAAUAUUGUCCUUCUUUCCGUGCCUUUGGUGCCAGGCAACUGUACAAAGAUAUCCUUUCACCUUAUUCACGUGAUCGGUCAGGUGAAAAUUUUUACUGGACCAAUCACCUGAAUCAUCCACUCGAUUGCACUGGAGAAAAUUAUCUGACCCAUCGCUUGAAUCACUCGCCCGAUUGGUCAGAUGAAAAUUUUUCGGUGCGGAAAUAUUCUAGUUUAUUCCUUAGUGGCUACAGGUGUUAACCCAUGAGGAAAUGUUUUUCAUUUGUCAUCCAACUGUCUGCCUUUCACCUUUGAAACAUGAAAAAAGCAGAGGUGAAAAUGCAAAUGUGCGGAAUAAACCACAUCUGGUCUUAAAUUAC